GUUAAUCAUUCAGUCAGAUUCUCUCACUGAAGUGUUAAGGAAUGAGUCAGGUUAGCUUUGCUGUCCUUUCAUUUUGUUUCUUUUUCCCUUUAGUUAGGUUUCUUCUUUUGUUUUCUGUGUCCUUUGACUUGAGCAAUGGAGAACAGUGAGGGAACAUCAGAGAGAAGCAACAGAAUCAAGAACUUUUUCUCCAAUGUGAUAUGGAAAGCCAAACUAAGAGAAUGUUUGACAUGGAAUCUGCUGAAGAUUUUGUUCCUUGGUCAAGGAUUAUCCAUGUUAUUAUGCGGAACUGCAAUCAGCAGUCAAUACUUGGCAGAUGUUUUUUCUGUCAACACUCCAAUGCUUCAGAGCUUUAUCAAUUACCUUCUAUUGUUCCUGGUUUACACUGGAAUAUUGGCUUUUAGACAGGGCAAUGAAACUUUAGUACAAAUACUGAAGGCAAAAUGGUGGAAAUAUCUUCUGCUGGGAUUCAUUGAUGUUGAAGCAAACUAUAUGGUAGUCAAAGCUUACCAGUAUACAACAUUAACAAGUGUUCAGCUCCUAGAUUGCUUUGUCAUUCCUGUGGUAAUGGUUCUAUCAUGGUUCAUCUUACAUUCAAGAUACAAAGCCAUCCAUUUUGUAGCUGUUCUAAUGAGUUUGCUGGGCGUUGGAAUUAUGGUUUGUGCAGAUUUUCUGAGUUCAAAAGAUCAAAGAACAGGUAUCAAUAAACUGCUGGGAGACCUGCUUGUUCUGGGGGGUGCUAUUCUCUAUGGAAUUUCGAAUGUAUGUGAAGAAUUCAUUGUGAAAAACUUUAGCAGAGAGGAAUUUCUGGGGAUGCUUGGCCUGUUUGCAACCCUCUUUAGUGGUAUACAAUUAGGCAUUCUGGAACACAAUGAAAUUGCAAACAUUAAUUGGAACUGGCAAAUCGUGUUAUUAUUCAGUUCAUUUGCUGCCUGCAUGUUUGGCUGGUACAGCUUCCUACCCAUUGUGAUGAAGCUCAGUAAUGCCACCUCGGUCAACCUCGCCAUUCUGACUGCAGACCUCUACAGCCUCUUUUUUGGGAUCUUCUUAUUCCACUAUAAGUUACAGUAUACCAAUGGUGAAGGGAAUGAAUGUACCAGUGUUGAAUGGGAUGCUCACCAAGUGAGCUCUUUUGACCUGGAGGAUGUUAAGCUUCCUGAGAGUUUUGGAUCCGUGAUCAUCCAGGCAAGUAGAAAAUCUAGGUUAGGUACUUUACUACACAACUUGUAAUUAAUCGAAGCUCGCAUUUUAUUGUCUCUGCACAAACAACAAUGUAACUAUGUUGACCCCAGGCCAACAACUUAAACAUGAAUUCUACUGUUCCCUCUAUACCAACACUCACUCAGACCACUUCUCCAAUUUAUAACACCGAUACAGGGUAUCUCCCAUUGGCCAAAUAAUUGAUCCAGUUUCUCCCAGCCUCUGGCAUGGGGGUCUUCCUUGCAAUUGUAUCUGGGAGUUUUUGCCACUUUGCAUUCAAAGCCCGAUUCUUAUACUCUUUCCUUAUCAGUUCAAAUGUUGUAUUUCAAUCAUGUUGGCUCAAGGUCGUCGGACUGACCUUGAUUCCCACUGGAAGUAGCCAAGAGCUACACAACUUCGUGCCUUAGGCAACUUCUUUUGUUCUAUUCAACUCUGCUUCAAACCAGUCAAACCGGAUUGCAGAGAAAAUUAGAUUACCCCUACCAAUUUGCCAAAGGUACACACAAUAAACAGUUUAUCUGAAAAUGAUCUCAGGUUUAGCAGAUCAUUAGCAUAAGGUUCUUGUGUCCAGGUUCAAUUGCUCUGAUUGUAUUCCAGAACAAGAAUCAGUUAAUCAAACAGUUCACAAAAUGGCAACCUCCAUUCCUUCAAGCACAUGGCAAGAUCAAAGACAUCUGGUUUGUCUACUUCCACUGACUUAGACCCAUUCAAGUUUGACAUUUUCUUCCAUAUUUUAAUUCCUUCAUGGCCAACAGUUUUACCAAAGCCAAUGACAUCCUACUCAGUCAAAAGCUUCCUUUCACCUCACCUCUGCACUUCAGCUGUGUGGUCAACAUUGGUUGAUCAUGGUGCAGCAUGGUUCAUGGGUUCAAUUCCCACCAUUGUCUGUCAGGAGUUUAUACAUUUUCUUCAGGGUGUUCCAGUUUUCUCUCACUUUCCACAGACAGACAGGUUUGUAGGUUAAUUGGUCACAGGGUGCAAUCAGGUAGCACAGGCCUACUGGUCCAGUAUCUCUAAAUAAAAAUAAAAUUAACAUUUGGAUUAAGGCCAUAUUGAGUUGUGGAGUCAAGUGGUCCCUGAAACAAGCAUUACUGUGUCACUUGAAAGAACUUUUCUAAUGAUGGGGGCAGACUGAUUGGUUGAAUAUUAACCAGAUAUUGCUUUCCCUCCUUUUCCUUGACAUGACAUGCAAAGGCGAUUAGGAUAUUGUCUGGCUUUAUACUCUUUGCGUUCUCCAUUGCCUCAGCCUUCUCUUGAUAAGACUCAGACUGAAUUAUAUGGUCUGAAGACUGCUUCUGUGAUUGUUGGAGCCUCAUCUGAAGAAGGAUCCACUUGGUACUUCUGGCAGGAUCACUGCUAAUGUGGGCUAUGCUGGAACAUCGCGCAUCACUGACCUCACAGGUGCUCAUGGUAUCCACCGUGCUGAGUGACAAGGAUCAGGCCUGUUUCCUGAAAGGGAUAAUCAUACCUGCGUGGUAGCUCAGAACUUGAAGACUGAAAGAAUCUUUUUGCUUAGUUAUGAAACUAUAGCCUCCUUACAGCUAAUCUUACACCUGCCCCUACACCUCCUCCCUCACUACUAUUCAGGGCCCCAAACAGUCCUUCAAGGUGAGGCAACACUUCACCUGAGAGUCUGUAGGGGUCACUUACUGUGACCGGUGCUCCCUGUGUGGCCUCCUGUACUUCGGUGAGACCUGACGUAGAUUGGGAGACCGUUUCACCAAGCAGCCACGCUUUGUCCACCAGAAGAAUUGGGAUCUCCCAGUGGCCACCCAUUUUAAUUCCACUUCCCAUUCCUAUUCAGAUAUGUCUAUCCAUGGCCUCCUCUACUGUCAAGAUGAAGCCACACUCAGGUUGGAGGAAUAACACCUUAUAUACCGGCUGAGUAGUCUCCACCCUGAUGGACGAACAUUGAUUUAUCGAACUUCCAGUAAUGGCCCCCCUGCCCACUCCUUCACCAGUCCUCAUCCCCUUUUUCUUCACUUACCUUAUCUCUUUGCCUGCUCAUCACCUCCCUUUUCUCUCUUCCAUGGCCUUCUGUCCUCUCCUAUUAUAUUCCCCCCCCCCCACUUCUCCAGCUCUGUAUCUCUUUCAACAAUCAACUUCCAAGAUAUUUGCUUCAUCUCUCCCACUCCUGGUUUCUCCUAUCACCUUGUGUUUCUCCGUCCCCCCCAACACCUUUUAAAUCUACCCCUCAGCAUUCUUCCCCAGUCUUGCUGAAGGGUCUUGGCCUGAAAUGUCGAUUGUACUCUUUUCCAGCGAUGCUGCCUGUACUGAUGAGUUCCUCCAGCAUUUUGUGUGUGUUGCUUGGAUUUCCAACUUCUGCAGAUUUUCUCUUGUUUGUUACAGCUAACCUGGCAGAUUUAGCCUAGUUGUAUCUUAACCUGACAGAGUUAGUACCGGUAAAUCAUCGAUGCAAGAGAUUUUGCAGAUGCUGGAAAUCUUGAGCAACACACAAAGAAAUGCUGGAGAAACUCAGCAAGUCAGGCAGCAUCUAUGUAGAGGAAGAAAUAGUUAAUGUUUCGGGCUGAGACUGGAAAUCAGGACUGGAAAGAAAAGGGGCAUCUAGACUUGCUGAGUUCCUCCAGCAUUUUGUGUGGUUGCUCCAGAGUUAGUAACAGAGUUAUGGCAUGAAAAACUGAUGUUAAUAUAUUAGUAAAUAUCUAAUAAAACUAUUCAGAGAAAUAAUGGAUUACUUGAAUAGUAAAUCAUGUUUUAUCCAUCACAUUUUUAAAUAAAUGAACUUUAAACGUAUAUUAAUUUCAGUAAGAAUAGAAUUAGUGAAGAACAAUUAUGAUUUCACUUGCACAUAAUAAAAGCUCUUUCAAAUGAAAUCCUAAAUAGGAUUACCAAUUACAUGGAUCAUAACUACAUCACAGGCUGUUUCUCUCAGUUGCAAAGAGCAGUCAUUUUAAACAUGAAAUAACAUUCAAUUUGAGUUAUAGAUUUAACCUAAAGGUUGCAUGACCAAUCCUGAUAAAGUUUCUGUGGUAAACCCCAAGGAGAUGUGAUGGAUCAGUAUUAAUGGGAACGAGUUUCAGUGAACAAGGCAGAUGUUUGUAAAUUGCAUCAAUGGUGGAGUUAAAGUACAGGGAGCUGAUCUGUGUUGCAAGAACAAAGGGAAUAAGCCAGAGCAAAAGAUCUUCUGGACAAUGCCAUUGGAACUUAUUUAUGACAAUUCAUCCUCCUCAAACUACAGGGUGAUUUCCAUCAUAUUAUGAUUACUGUCUCCUAAGGGUUCCUUUACCUUAAGUGAAUGUUAUAGGGUGAUUCUUAGGGAUCUGGAAAAGUGGCAAGAAUUUAGAUGAUGGGAAAUGUGGUUUAAACCAAUGUAAAGGUAUUCUCAGUUAGUGAUUAGUUUGUAGGUUUAGGAAUAAUGUUACCUGGCUAGGAUAGUAGUUCAAGGCACAGAGCAAAAGAAAGGAGGUGGAUGAUCUUGUUGCAAUAUUACGGAUUGCCAGGUAUGAUGUUGUGGCCAUCACUGAAUCAUGGCUGAAGGAUGGUUGUAGUUGGGAGCUGAGUGUCCAAGGUUACACGUUGUAUCGGAGGGUUAGGAAGGUAGGCAGAGGGGGUGGCAUAGCUCUGCUGGUAAAGAAUGGCAUUAAAUAAAUAGAAAGAUGUGACAUAGGAUUGGAAGUGUUAAAUCCUUGUGGGUUGAGAAACUGCAAGGGUAAAUGGACAGGAUGGCAGUUAUAUACAGGCCUCCCAACAGUAGCUGUGAUGUGGACCACAGAUUAAAACAGGAAAUAGUAAAGGCGUGUCAAAAGGGCAAUGUUAUCAUAGUCUUGGGAGAUUUUAACAUGCAGGUUGAUUGGGAAAAUUAGGUUGGUAAUGGAUUUCCAAGAGAGAGAGUUUGUUGAAGGCCUAUGAGAUGGCUUUUUAGAGCAGUUUGUCAUUGAGCCUACUAGGGGAUCAGCUAUACUGGAUUGGGUGUUAUGUAAUGAACCGGAGGCGAUUAGGGAGCUUAAGGUAAAAGAACCAGUGAUCACAAUAUGACUGAGUUCAACUUGAAAUUUGAUAGGGAGAAAGUAAAGCCUGAUGUAGCAGUAUUUCAGUGGAGUAAGGGAAAUUACAGUGGUAUGAGAGAGGAGUUGGCCAAAGUAAAUAGGAAGGAGCUGCUAGCAGGGAUGCCAGCAGAGCAGCAAUGCUGUGAGUUUCUAGGAAAAAUGAGGAAGGUGUAGGAUAGAUGUAUUCCAAAAACAAAGAAAUACUCAAAUAGCAAAAUAGUACAACUGUGGCUGACAGGGGAUGUCAAAGCUAAUGUAAAAUCAAAAGAAAGGGCAUAAAACAAAGCAAAAUUUAGUGGGAAGACAGUGGAUUGGGAAGCUUUUAAAAACCACAGAGAGCAACUAAAAUAAUAAUUAGCAGGGAAAAGAUGAAAUAUAAAAGCAAGCUAGCAAACCA